CGCGGCGCACUCCUCCCACCACGAGCAUCCCUUGCCGCACACACUCUGCCAGCUGCACGCACAGGCCGCGCUGCCGACCUCGCCUCUCCCCGCCGCUCCUGAGCAUCGCAACCUCACCGCCCGCCCAGCAUGUCGUCUGCGCCCGUCGCCGACGGCACGUCGCUCGUCGCCAACCUCUUCGUCGCCUUCCUCGUCGCCCUCGGCAUCGGCCUCGGCAACUAUGCGCUGCACGGCACGGGCGCGUCGGGCAAGAUGCGCUUCAUCGCCAUCUGGCUCUCCUUCGACGCCAUCUGCCACCUCACCCUCGAGGCCAGCUUCCUCUUCCACUCGCUCUACGACGGCGGCGUCAAGAACGCCGUGCACUACUCGCCGCUCGCCAAGCUGUGGAUGGACUAUGCCAAGGCCGACGCGCGCUGGGCCACCGACGAUCCGACGGUCGUCGCUAUUGAGAUCCUCACCGUGCUCGGCGCCGGGCCCAUCGCCGCCUACUGUGUCUGGCUCAUCUCGCGCAACUCGCCAGCGUACCACUACUGGGUCAUUGUGCUCUGCACUGGCGAGAUCUACGGCGGCGGCAUGACGUUCCUGCCCGAGUGGACGACGGGCAACAAGAACCUGGCGGGAUCGGGCUUCGUGCACUUCUGGAUCGAGCUUGUGUUCAUGAAUCUCGCCUGGGUCUUCAUUCCUGGAUGGCUCAUGUACGAGUCGUGGGCUGCAAUCAGCUCUGCACUGCAGAUCUCUGGCGCCGGCCUGCCGCUGCCCAAGGGCGCUGCUGCGAGCCAGCGCGCAGUCAAGAACGUGCCGAAGCGCGCCAAGGCGAACUGAUCGGCCAGCACACGCGUGCCAGAGCGACCGUCGCCGUCACUCGCGGAACGAGCUGACUCGGGCGAGAUUGCCUUCGUCCGGCCGCUCGUGCCGCCACAUCAUGUCCAUUACGCCUUGCAUGCUCCGAGCGCCAAGCGUCGUGAGCUAAAUCCAUACGUUUUUAUCGCUGA